AUGACUGAAAUUUUAGUGAUGAAGGGGAAUCUGACCCAGAGCGUAUCCCCCGCGUCUUCGCACCCGAGGAAGAAAGACUUCAACUGUAACGGCUGCCUCAUCGUCAUCUUCGUCAAGAACAAGACCCUGCGCAACGUCCCCAACACCUACAUCAUCUCCCUGGCCCUCGGAGACCUGCUGGUGCUCUUCUUCAGCGUCCCCUUCGUCUCCACCAUCUACACGAUCGAGUCCUGGCCCUACGGAACCUUCGAGUGCAAGUUCAGCGAGCUGGUGCGGGACGUGUCUGUCGGGGUGACGGUCUUCACGCUGACGGCGCUGUCGGCGGAUCGGUAUUUGGCCAUCGUGUCGACCGUGCGCAGGGUGGGUGGGCGGCCCUCGGUGUUGACGGUGCGGUUCGCGGUGGCCAUCUGGUUCCUGGCGGUGGUGCUGGCCACGCCCGCCGGCGUGUUCUCCCACGUGCAGGUGUUCCAGGUGUCCGAAGGGAAGACGAUCAGCGUGUGCUACCCCUUCCCAGACUACCUGCCGGUGGUACCCGCAGACUAACAUCAUCAUCAAGGCUCUCUUCUUACUACACUGCUGCCGCUGGUGGUCAUCGCCACCUUUCUAUGCUGAUUGGCGCGGCACCUGCUGGCCUCCGACGACGUGCCCGGCGAGUCGCGCGUCUUCCACGGCCAGCGGAGGACGCGGAGGAAGGUCGCCCAGAUCGUGCUGUGCUUCGUGCUCAUUUUCGCCGUGUGCUUCCUGCCGUCCCACGCGUUCCUGCUGUGGUUCUACCUGGACCCGCUCGCCUCCGUCAAGUUCAACGGCUUCUGGCACGCCCUCAGGAUCAUCGGCUUCUGCCUCAGCUUCAUGAACUCGUGCAUCAACCCCAUCGCCCUGUACUGCAUCUCCGGCACCUUCAGGAAGUACUACAACCGCUACCUCUUCUGCUGCUGCCGCUGGGUCGACCAGGGGCACCGCACGCGCGCCUUCCUCCGGCCGGGCCGCUCGGGGAUCUCGGGCUGCAGGUCCUCCACGCUGCGGGCCACCGAGACCAUCACGCUGACGACGCUCCUCAACGAGCGCGCCUCGCCCGCCGCCUCCUGA